ACAAGUUAAUCCGACGGGCGAUGGCUGGCAAAAGCAAUUCUCAGACACGUUGCUAAGCGAGUCCACGUGCCUAGCACGUGAUCAGCCGCAACUCGAACUCUAUACGGCGGCGGCGGCAGCCGGUGGACCUUGUUCACUUUUGUUUUCACGAAAUCUUCAUCGUCUUCGUCUGGAAAAGCGACCGUCGCUGAUUACGGUGACUGUUCUAUUGGAUAGUUCGUGUAAAUUACCAUUGACAGAUGUGAGACGAGUUAUAAAGCACUCAGAAUCAGUCAUGGACAUUGGCUCGACUGAAAGCUCACAGGCAAAGAUUCAAUCAUGUGCAACUGGGACGAACAACCAAAAGGGACAAGUUGAUGAUGUUCGAGUGACGAGCGAGGGAGCAAUCAAUAUGGAAGCUUCUGUUACUGCAGAUGAAGUUGUGCGAGCUGGAGGCUUUGGAGCUACUGAUGAUAUCGGUCAUGUUCUUCCAGUUGCGGGUGAUUCCACUGACAUUGAGGACCAUUUUCGGAAUAUUCAGGGCUACGAAGAUGCCGGGGAUGACAAAGCUGGAGGACAACAAAAUGACAAUCUAAAACAUGGGGAUGUGGCUGAUACUUAUGUCGAUUCUGAUGAUGUGACACGGGCAGGGGGCUAUGGGGCGACGGAUAAUAUAAGCAACUUCUUACCUGUUGCAAGCGAUUUCACCGAUUUUGAAGCUUCUCUUCGCGAUGCUCGUGAUUAUGAAGAUCUGAAAGAGGAAAUCGCAAGGCCCGGCCUUGGCUGGACUAAUGAAACUAAUUUCAAACAGCUUUCCGGGAUAUGAUUCGACCAUCACAGGUAUAUCGAUACCUUUUUUUCUUUUUUUUGAUGACGUGGGAAUUCGCAGCCGCUAUCCGAAGGUGCGCACUGGGUAAGGUAUAUCGAUACUUUAAAUGUACAACAAGUGGGAAAAACGACUCUAGACAAGACAUAUUUCUCAUUGAGAUUCACAUGAAAAAUACGAAAGCUUCAAAAUUUCAAUUCUUGAUAUUACAUUACCAAUUGAUUCUUUUAUGAAGAUUUCUCGACAGAAGCAGAUGGCUUCAACUUCUUUGGUGGUGGAUUGCCUCCAGAUAGCACGACAUACGAAUAGAAGCAGAGCAUUGCAGCACUGGUAAAUGUUCGAAAAUGUUAGAGAAGGAACAAUCUAGUCAAAAGAACAGCAAAUAGUACCUUAUGACGAUGUUGAAGCCUGUUGGAAUGAGGUUUUUCGUCUGCAACGAAGCCAGGAAGUAGGGUCAAGUAUAAUACACCGCAACAGAUGAAACUAGUUUAGCCAAAGUAUGAAUGUUUACCAUUGAAUAGGCCUGAAGGUUCUUCCAUAAGAGAGCCACAGAGAGAACUGUGCACCAUUGAAAAGCUUUAGAAUAUUGAUCGAUAAACAGAGACUGUGUAUCAACUCGAACAGGAAGUAUGGGAUUACCUGCUUGACCUAGUAUGAACGGCAAGCUCGAUUUUCCUUUACGCCAUACCUUCAAACUGUAAGUACUAAGAGCCAACAAAGCACCUCCGAAGAGCACGCCGGCGCCUAAUGUCGCAGGAUUUCUUGUGAAAAUGAAGCCAAGUAGGCCACCACUAAGAACAAGCCCACCUGUGAUGAAGGAAAACAAUCUACAAGUUAAUUAGAUAUCGAUACGAACACAACCAAGCUACACUGAUUGUUAGAUUACUCAAAAACGACCAGUCAAGAACAACUUCAAGAGAAAUCAUACCUUUGUAUUUUACAAUUGAAGAGUGCAGAAACAGUGUGGAUACUUAUGCUUUGAUAUAAUAAGUGCUCACCAAAGGGUAUGCCGAAACAGAAGUCAUGAAUCUUUGCUGCCCUUUUUGGUUCAGUGACAACAGACUCCUGAAGAUGUCCGUUUGAUCCUCCAGCAGCAAAACUUUCUGUUGGAGAAUUGGACUUUAUGGAGCUUCCUUUGUGUAAGUUUGAUGCAUCUUCUACAUAAUCUGGGGAGGUUUUGUUGUCCAAACUUGAUACUUGUGUGCUAUGGCCGUCGUUGCUUGCGACAUUUAGAACCUGAAGAUAAA